AUGGAGCAGAUCCGUCAGCUGAUCUUCGACGGUGAACUUGCUGCAGGGUCGGACCAUCUGGAAAGCGAGCUCGCCGACCGGCUCGGCAUGUCGCGAACGCCGGUCCGGGAGGCAACGCUGAUGCUGGCUCAGCAGGGUCUGUUGGAAGUGCGUCCCAGAAAGGGCGUUCGCAUUGCAACACUUUCAUUGACGGACAUGGAAGAAAUCUAUGCGGUACUGACGGAGUUGGAGAGCCUGGCCGCGGAAGAAGCAGCUGAAAAAGGAUAUUCGGAAUCGGAUCUGGCAACCCUUCAGCGUGCGAUCGAGGCGAUGGAAGAUGCACUUGAGCGGCAGGACCGGGAAGACUGGGCCGUUGCGGACAAUGAUUUUCACGAAGAACUUGUCCGGCUGGGUGGCAAUUCCAGGGUCGAGACGAUCGUCUCCAUGAUGGCGAACCAGGUGAGGCGCGCCAGGGCCAUGACCUUGUUCAUUCGUCCUUUGCCGGUGAAAUCGAAUGAGGACCACCGAGCAGUCUAUAAUGCGAUCAGGCAGGGCAAGCCGGCAACCGCGCGCGAGCGUCACAGGAGUCACAGGCAGCAUGCAAGGGAAGUGCUCAUAGAUCUGCUCAAGAAGCACAAGCUGUUCCAGCUGUAA